AUGGGGGAAAUAGCCGGGGACCUGCACAGGGUGGCUGACAGCCUGGCCUCCUCGGCGCAGAUUACAGAUGGCCUGCAGGAUGUCAGCGGCAAUUGUGCUGCAGUAGUCACCUGCCUGAGUGAGCUGCAGGCCACCACUGCAAACCUGGUGUCAGAGGUGCAGACCCUGACUGUGGCAGUCCAGGCCAAAACGGCUGUCAUCCAGGAGGAGGGGAGGCAGCGCAACCGGCGGCACAACCACACCCGCCAGCUGAGGAUGCAAGCCCAGACAAACCUUCCAUAUCAACAGUUUCACAUGAAUAUUUAUAAUUUCCUUUAUGCUCUUGAUAAAAUAAAUCAGAAUCCAUAUAUUUUGCCCAACAUCACACUUGGAUAUCAUCUAAUUGACUCAUGUUUGGAUACCAGAAGAGCCGUAAGCAGUAUUUUGAAGAUCUUAUCUGGACCAGAGAAGACCGUUCCGAAUUAUACCUGUACAAGACACGGCAAGCUGGCUGGGGUGAUUGGAGAUCACUUUUCCACCACAACAAUUCCAAUCGCCCAAAUACUUGGACUUUACAAAUAUACACAGAUCAGCUACGGCUCCACAGAUUACACCUUGAGCAAUAGACAGGAAUAUCCACAUGUUUUCCGCACCGUUCAAAACAAUCACAUUUAUUAUUCUAUUGUGGCAGAAAUAUUAAACGUCUUUGGCUGGACUUGGGUUGGGAUUUUUGUAUCAGAUAAUGACACCGGGGACGAGGAACUACAGAUACUAAAGAGAUAUUUGGCUGUUCAGGAAAUUUGUUCAGAAUUUAUUCUGGAAGUGAACUCAAAGGAGGAGUCCUGGUUCAGGAUGUUUGUGACUUUAAAAAACACGUAUUCUAGAGUUGGAGUCUUGUGUGGAUCCUUUACAGUCGAUUUCCUUAUAUUUCUUGCCCAUUUUGAGACAAUGAAUAAUGAGGGAAUAAUUAUUUUACCCCCACAUUACGCCUCCGUUGAUGACUUGACAAAUGGAAUGAAAACUUCGGCAUUACAAAGCGAGAUGGCUUUGUUACAAAACUUGUAUGAUAACGAUCUGAGUUUCAGUUACAAUGACACAAUUGGUGGUCUCAUUAUGACCAUGAAGCAAUAUUUAUCUGUAGGGGUCUCUUCCAGAGUGUAUUAUGCAGUAGAAGCAAUGGCUAAGGCUCUGCAUGAUAUGAAUGUACAACAAAAGGACAUCACUAAAAGAAAAAUCAACCAGUUAUACCAUUAUAUAUCAAAAAUAAUAUACACGUUUGAUAUGUCAGAUUCAGUGCCCUUUUUUAAUGACAUAGGGGAAUUUGUCUACCACUACAAAAUAAUAAAUUGGGUAAAGGAUGAGUUCUACUUUGUACCCAUUGAUGUUGGCAACUAUUCCUUAUCAGCUGCCGGUCAACAAUUUUACAUUGAUGCACAAGCCAUAACAUGGAACAAAAGGGACAAUAAGAUACCCGUGUCUCGGUGCUCAGAAAUUUGUCAACCAGGAACCAGAAAACAAUCUAAAUCUAGGAUUCAUUCCUGCUGCCAUGACUGUGUCCCAUGUUCAGAAGGGGAGAUAUCCAAUACUACAGAUAGUAAAAAUUGUAUUCGAUGUCUAGAAGAAGAAUGGCCAAAUGAGAAGAAGGAUCGGUGUAUUCCAAAACUGGUGGAAUUCCUCUCCUACUCUGACGAUAUGUCUACAGUAUUUGCAUCCUUUUCUGUCUUGCUCUGUCUUGUGAUACUCUUCAUAAUUGGAAUCUUUAUAUCCUAUGUGGAUACCGCCAUUAUCAAAGCAAAUAAUCGGAGUUUGAGCUUUGUCCUGCUUGUCUGUAUCUUGCUGAGCUUUCUCUGUGUGUUCCUGUUUCUUGGUCGUCCACGGGAUAUAACCUGUACACUGCGUGUCACCACUUUUGGUACCAUCUUCUCCUUAGCCGUCUCCUGUCUUCUGGCUAAAACAAUUAUGGUUUAUAUUGCUUUUACAGCCACUAAACCUGGCAGCUACUGGAGAAAAUGGAUUGGAGUCACACUUCCAAAUUUUGUAGCGUUACUGCUUACAUGUGCUCAGGGUACAAUAUGUCUGAUUUGGCUGUCUACUUCACCACCUUUUAGUGAAAUGGACACUCACUCUUAUCAGGACAAGAUCGUCAUUCAGUGUAAUGAAGGGUCAGUUAUCGGGUUCUACUCUGUGUUGGGUUAUAUGGGGUUCCUGGCAGCUGUGAGCUUUGUUCUGGCUUUCAUGGUGAGGACAUUACCGGACAGUUUUAAUGAGGCCAAAUACAUCACCUUCAGCAUGCUGGUGUUCUGCAGUGUCUGGAUUUCCAUGAUCCCGGCCUAUCUGAGCACCAAAGGGAAAUACACAGUGGCUGUGGAGAUAUUUGCCAUAUUGGCCUCAAGUGCUGGACUUCUAAGCUGUAUAUUUUUCCCAAAAUGUUUCAUUAUUCUAUUUAGGCCAGGCUUGAACACGCAAACAGAUCUGCUUUCUAAGAAAAACAGACAAUUCUAUUAA